AUGCAGUACCUCCUUGCAGUCAUCGUCGGAGCUGGCGCCGCGCUCGCUGGUGUUGUCCCUCGCGCCGAGGCCUCGCCGGCCGCCGUCGCCGUCGGCGGUCCCCUCGAGGGCUCGCUCCAGGCCAUCACGCACUUGUACAUCUGUCAAAACAUCAACUUUGGCGGUAGCUGCGUGAACGUGGAGGUUAGCACCGGUGUUUGCUACAACCUCAUCAAUGGCUGGAACGACGUUGUCAGCUCGCUCGGCCCGGACGCGGGCACUUCGUGCACCCUCUAUGAGAACGCUGGCUGCACCGGUGCCGCUCUCCCUAACAUCGUCAACCCCGGCAUCUCCAACUUGGGCGAGCGCGGCUUCAACGACCGCGUUGUGGCAGAAUAA